GGGUCGCUGCUCCGUUCUUUGGGUCGGGUCGUUUGUGAUACUCCACCGCAGCCAUGGCAGAACCGCAGCCCGCAUCCGGCGGCCUCACUGACGAGGCCGCCCUCAGUUGCUGCUCCGACGCGGACCCCAGUACCAAGGAUUUCCUAUUGCAGCAGACCAUGCUACGAGUUAAGGAUCCUAAGAAGUCACUGGAUUUUUAUACUAGAGUUCUUGGAAUGACGCUAAUCCAAAAAUGUGAUUUUCCUUCUAUGAAGUUUUCACUCUAUUUCUUGGCUUACGAGGAUAAAAAUGACAUCCCUAAAGAUAAAGAUGAAAAAAUAGCCUGGGCAUUCUCCAGAAAAGCUACACUUGAGCUGACACACAAUUGGGGCACUGAAGAUGAUGAGACCCAGAGUUACCACAAUGGCAAUUCAGACCCUCGAGGAUUUGGUCACAUUGGAAUUGCUGUUCCUGAUGUACACAGUGCUUGUAAAAGGUUUGAAGAACUGGGAGUCAAAUUUGUGAAGAAACCUGAUGAUGGUAAAAUGAAAGGCCUGGCAUUUAUUCAAGAUCCUGAUGGCUACUGGAUUGAAAUUUUGAAUCCUAACAAAAUGGCAACUAUAAUUUAGUGCUGUGAGAAUUCUUCUUUGAGAUUUCAGAAAAAAGGAAACAAUGUGAUUCAAGAUAUUUACAUAACAGAAGGCAGAAGCAUCUAGAACUGAUGGAUCACUGUCCCAAUUCAAAUUAUUCUUCAGUCCAUUUCCCCUUCCUAUUUCAGCUGUUCUUUUCACCUAACUGUUCAUCGUUCUGGUUUUCAAGUAGUGCUUUAUCUUAUGUCCUUGAAUAUAGUUGUAUAACUUUACUUUUUAGGUAGUAAUUAGAACAGUUCCCUUCAGAGGCUGCAUUUAUCUUCUUAUGCCUCCUAAAUAUUACUUCUCUUCAAGUCUG